AUGUUCCGCAUUCAUCGUCACCGCGCUGUCGCUUCGCUUUCAUUAUCUUCCGGUCUUUUACGUCGUGUAUCAGUGCUUACUAAUGAAAACUCAUCCUGGUGGCGCCGUGGCUUUCGUUCCAUUCCCGGCAAAGACGCUGAUAAACGCGCACUUUUCGAGCAAAAAGGUCUUUACCGUCAGCUUGAAGAGAAGGACAGUUGCGGUGUAGGUAUGAUUGCCAGCCUGAAGAAACAAUCCUCACGUUCUACUGUCGUACAAGCCAAUGAAAUGCUCGUACGGAUGUCUCAUCGUGGUGGUUGUGGCUGCGAUCCUGCGUCUGGAGACGGUGCUGGAAUGUUAGUAGCUCUACCCCACGACUUUAUGCAGCGUGUCAUUGCUGAUGGAGAAUUUGGUGCCACUGCCAAGUUAUUGAAGCUGGAAAAGGAAAAAUAUGCAGUGGGUAACGUCUUUUUUAACAAGAAUUCACCAAGUGAUAUCCCAUUGGCUAAGAAGACGUUCGACGAUAUAGCAGAGACCAUGGGGCUUAAGAUUGUAGGCUGGAGAAAUAUGCCGACAACAUCUAACACAUUAGGAGCAACAUCACUUGCUUCGGAGCCUCAUGUUGAGCAAGUGAUGGUGCUAAAUGAGAAUCCAAAAUUAUCAGGAGAUGACUUUGAGAAGGAACUUCUUCGACUACGAAACGUUGUCACUACAAUGAAUGAAAAGAAAUUCUCGGACUUUUACGUGAACUCAUUAAGUAAUCGUACAAUUACGUACAAGGGGCAGCUCACACCUGAGCAAUUGUUUGAGUACUAUGACGACCUGUCGGCUAAGGAUUUUACAUCAUACGUGGCACUGGUUCACUCGCGGUUCUCAACCAAUACGUUCCCGUCUUGGGACCGCGCUCAGCCUAACAGAAUUAUGUGUCACAAUGGUGAAAUUAACACGUUGCGCGGCAACAAGAACUGGAUGUACGCUCGUGGUGGCACGUUGCACAGCUCGUACUUUGGCAACCGCACGUCAGAUCUGCUGCCUGUGUGCUCUGACUCCAAGUCGGACUCUGGUAAUUUUGAUGCUGUUUUGGAAAUUCUUACCAAGGCCAGUUCAUGCAACCGCUCGCUGCCAGAGGGUAUGAUGAUGAUGAUCCCUGAGGCUUGGCAGAAUGAUCCGCUUAUUGCACCGCUCAAGAAGGACAUGUACAAGUAUCAGUCGUUGCUCAUGGAGCCGUGGGAUGGCCCGGCCAUGAUGGCGUUCACGGACGGCAAGUACAUUGGCGCUACGCUGGACCGCAAUGGCCUGCGACCGAGCCGUUACUACGUCACGAAGGACGAUCAUGUCCUUCUUUCCAGUGAAAUUGGUGUGCUAGAGAACCUGCCAGAAAAGGACAUCAAGUACAAACGUCGUCUGGAGCCUGGGAAGAUGUUUCUUGUGGACUUUGAGCGCGGUAUGAUUGUGUCAGAUGAAGAGGUCAAGAAAUCUGUCAGUGAGAGCCGCCCUUUUAAGAAGUGGUUGGACGACAAUCUCGUGUCACUGUCGGAGCUGACUGCAGUCAAGCAGGAUACUGUUACUCCAUCGAAGCGGCGUUCAAAUUACGCCGAGCUUAAUCGCCGUUUCAAUAUGUUUGGCUUCACGACAGAGACGAUGGACUUGCUUAUGAUGCCAAUGGGUAUUACUGGUAAGGAGCCUUUGGGUAGCAUGGGCAACGACGCGCCGCUUGCUGUGCUGUCGGAACAGCCUAAGCUGCCCUUCGAGUACUUCAAGCAGUUAUUCGCUCAAGUGACAAACCCACCGAUUGACCCCAUUCGUGAGGAGUUGGUUAUGAGUUUGAUGUGCCCUGUGGGUCCGGCGGCGAAUGUGCUAGAUGCAACUGCACAACAUGCCAAACGUUUAAUGGUGGAACAUCCGGUCAUGUCGAGCGCCGAAAUGGAUGCUCUAAAGAGCGCCCACAAUCCGGACUGGACGCCGAAGGUCCUGGAUGCUACAUUUGCUGCCGGCAGCGGUGCCCGCGGCCUUGUGGAGGCGUUAUACCGUCUGUGCGAGCAAGCUACGGAUGCGCUCAUCAACGAGAAGACACCUAUUAUUAUACUGUCUGACAAGCUGGCCGCACCUUUGCGAACGCAGCAGCGUACUAGUGUUGCGUUGUUCACGGAGUCUGGUGACGCCAAGGAGGUGCACGACUUCUGCACGCUGUUGGGUUUCGGCGCUGACGCUAUCAGCCCUCACAUGGCUGAAAUAGCGCUUAGGAAGAUGAACGACGAAGGUCUGGUGUAUGCUCAUUCUAAGAUAGAAAUGACAAACUUGGACGUCUUUGACAAAUACCGUGCUGCCGUGGGCAAGGGUAUUUUGAAGGUCAUGUCAAAGAUGGGCAUUUCCACGCUUCAGUCGUACAAGGGUGCGCAGGUGUUUGAGGCUGUUGGUCUUGGCGACGAUAUCAUUAGCAUGUGCUUUGAAGGCACGAACUCGCGUAUCCAGGGCACGGACUUUGAGGCGCUAUACACGGACAUCUCGCGUUUUCACGAAGCUGGAUACCCGUUGCACACGGACAUGCUUCCUUUGAUUCGUAACCCAGGCAGCUAUCAUUUUCGCAACAACUCAGAAGUGCAUUACAACUCGCCCAAGAAUAUUGUGGCACUGCAGCUUGCUGCUCGCGAGAACUCCCGCGAAGCCUAUGCGCAGUACGUCGAGGAGACAAACGAGCUUUGUAAGCGCGUGAACCUGCGCGGCCUCUUGGACUUCAAAUUUGUCGAUGAGGACAAGAUGCCGAAGCUAGAGGAGAUGGAAAGUAUUGCUGAUAUUGUGAAGCGUUUCAAUACGGGCGCUAUGAGUCUGGGGAGUAUCUCGCAGGAGACACACGAGGCCCUCGCUAUUGCAAUGAACACCCUUGGUGGACGUAGCAACACUGGCGAAGGUGGUGAGGACGUGAAGCGUUUUACGAAGCCUGGAGGCCCGCCUAAUCUUCGUCGCUCGGCUAUCAAGCAGGUGGCUUCUGGCCGUUUUGGCGUGACUAUGAAUUACUUGACCAAUGCGGACCAACUGCAAAUUAAGAUGGCUCAAGGAGCGAAGCCCGGUGAGGGUGGUGAGUUACCUGGUCACAAAGUUAGUGAUUACAUCGGCUCAAUGCGCCACACAACGCCUGGCGUGGGUCUCAUUUCCCCGCCACCGCACCACGAUAUUUAUUCGAUCGAAGAUUUGGCUCAGUUGAUUCACGAUCUUAAGCAUUCAAAUCCGUCGGCGGAAGUGUCAGUAAAGUUGGUGUCUGAAGUCGGAGUUGGCGUGGUUGCUGCCGGUGUGGCCAAGGCCAAGUCAGACCAUAUUACUGUGUCGGGCCACGAUGGUGGCACUGGUGCGUCGUCGUGGACUGGCGUGAAGAAUGGUGGUCUACCGUGGGAGUUAGGUCUCGCUGAGACGCAGCAGACGCUGGUGCUGAACGAUCUCCGUUCGCGCGUGAAGCUGCAGACCGACGGCCAGUUGAAAACUGGUCGCGAUGUGAUGGUUGCUGCUCUGCUUGGUGCUGAGGAGUACGGGUUUGCUACGGGCCCUUUGAUUACACUCGGCUGCAUCAUGAUGCGCAAGUGCCAUUUGAAUACAUGCCCUGUCGGGGUUGCUACGCAGGACCCGGAGCUGCGCAAGAAGUUCAAGGGUCAGCCUGAGCAUGUGGUAAACUUUAUGUUCAUGCUCGCCGAGGAGGUCCAGGACUACGUACGUCGCCUAGGUUUCCGUAAAAUGGACGACUUGAUUGGUCGCGCAGACCUCUUGAAGGUAAACCAGAACGCGUUGCACUACAAGAGCCGCAAGCUAGAUUUGUCUCCGCUUCUAAUUAACGCUAGUACGCUGAAUGAGGGUGCAGGUGUCAAAAAAGAGAUUGAACAAAAGCACGAGGUUGAGAAUUGUAUUGACAUGCGUCUGAUUAUCGAAGCCAAGGACGCACUGGAGAGCAAGACACCAGUGGUGAUUGAAGAUGUUGUAACCAACCUGGACCGUACGCUAGGCGCUACGCUUUCGCACGAGAUCUGCAAGCGCUACGGCGAGGACGGUCUUCCUGAUGGAACAGUCCAUUUGAAGCUAAAAGGCCACGGCGGUCAGAGUCUGGCAUUUGGUCUUGCCAAGGGCGUGCGCCUUGACCUGGAAGGCGACUCGAAUGAUUACGUCGGCAAGGCUCUUUCUGGUGGUGAGGUGUCAGUAUACCCAAGCCACGACUUUUCGGAGCGCGCGAGCCCCGAUAACGUGAUUGUCGGCAACGCUGUACUGUACGGUGCUACGAGUGGUGAAGCUUUCUUUUCGGGCAAGGCUGGCGAGCGAUUUUGCGUGCGUAACUCCGGUGUGAAGGCGGUUGUAGAAGGUGUGGGUGAUCACGGCUGCGAGUACAUGACGGGCGGUCGCGUGGUCGUACUCGGAUCUACUGGUCGUAACUUUGCUGCUGGUAUGUCUGGUGGCAUUGCUUACAUCUAUGACGAGGAUAACAGCUUUCAGAAGAAGUGUAACAUGGGCAUGGUGGGAGUAAGUCCACUGACGGAAACUGCGUCAGAAGCCGAGAUCCAGGAGCUGAAGGCUUUGGUUUCGAAACACCUGGAUCGCACGCAGUCUCCAAAGGCGCAAAAGGUGCUAGAUGACUGGGACGCUUCAACCUCCAAGUUUAUGCGCGUGAUGCCGUACGACUAUGAGCGGGUAUUGCUCCAACAUGCGGCAGUCGUCAAGGAGACAACACAGUCGGCUUCUGCAUUAGCCUAA